UUACAAAACACAAAACAUGGCGGCAUGUAAUCGCACGUGAAACAUGGUAGUCUCAUGCUUUCUAGCGACUUUUCGCCGUUUAUUGGAUUUAUGAUUGUAUAUCAAGAGUCUUGAAGUUUCUCGCCGUCAUCGAUUGCUUACUUUAGGUUAAAUAUAUUUCUAAAAUGUCUGAGAACAGAUUUUCCCGUGUUUCUAGGGAUCCUCGAUUCAAGAAAAUCCCUCGGAAACAACGAAAAGUAAAAAUUGACUCGAGAUUCGAACGCAUGUUCACAGAUAAAAGUUUCACAACGAAAUACUUUGUUGACAAGCGAGGUGCUGUUGUUGGGAAAACAUCUAAAGAAGAUCUUCAUCAGUUCUAUGAUUUAUCUGAUGAUGACCAAGAAGGAAGAAUAUCAGAUGGGUCAGAGGAGGGGGAUAACAACAAGUCCAGGUCACAAAAAACUCUAAAAGAAAAGAAGGCUGUUAAGGAGAAAAAGAGAAAGAAUGUGGAGCACAUUCAAACACAAGACAAUGACACACAGCAUCAAGACUUUAAUGAUAAAAAUACCAAAAAAAGAACACAGAAAAGUAAUAAUGGUGCUCAAUUGAAGAGAAAAAAGAAGGAAAAUAAGUCAUCAACACCAAAAGAUAUUGACAGUGAUGACAAUCAGAGUGAGAAUGAUGAUGGCAAUAAAGAUCAUGUUGAAAGUGAUGCAAGCUGUGACAAUAAAGAACCAGACUUUGCAAGAGGAGAAGGAAUGUUCGAGACAUCAUCAUCGGAAGAUGAUAAUGAUUAUGAUGAAUCACAUGGGGAGCUAACUUUGAAUAGAGAGGAUGAAGAUGACACAGAUGAAGAGAGUAUCUUCAAUGCCAAACAGGAUGAGCAAGAGCAUGACUGGGGAGAGCUGGAUAAGGGAGCCAAACUGAGAAGUGAUGCAACAAGAAGACUAGCAGUUUGCAGCCUUGACUGGGACAGACUUGCUGCUCAAGAUUUAUUUGUGUUGUUUAGCUCGGUUGGUGCCAAGGGAAUAAUAAAAUCAGUCAAGAUUUUCCCCUCUGAGUUUGGUUUGGAGCGUAUGAAAGCUGAAGAGGCCCUUGGUCCCACAGAGCUUUGUGCUUCAAAUCAGGCCAAAGAGGAUCAAGAAGACGUGAGCAAUCAAGAGGGAUCUGAGUUCUCUAGGGAGAAACUCAGGCAGUAUCAGCUAAACAAACUUAAGUACUACUACGCUGUUGUAGAGUGUGACUCAGCAGAGACUGCUAACUUUAUAUAUGAAGAGUGUGAUGGUGUGGAAUUUGAAAUGACUGGGAAUCUGCUUGAUCUACGAUUUAUCCCUGAUGACAUGGAGUUUGAACAUGAGCCAACUUCUUCAGCUACAGAAAUGCCAGACCUGAAUACGUAUAAACCACCAGAAUUUGAGACAACAGCUUUACACCAAUCUAAUGUAAAACUAACAUGGGAUGAAACAGAUGCAAAUCGUUUGAAAACAACCAUGAAAAAAUUCAGCAAGGGUGACAUCGAGGCCAUGGAUUUCAAGGCUUACCUUGCUUCCUCCUCAGAUGAUGAGGAAGCAGCAAGUGAUGCAGGAUCUGAGGAUGAAGAAGCAAAUAUAACAAAGUACAAGCAACUUGUGCAGGACCUUGACAGUAAAGAUGCUGAUGAUGGCAUUGAUGAGGAAAUGGAAAUCACUUGGGAACCUGGUCUAAAGGAGUCAGCAGAGGAACUUGUGACAAGGAAGCUGGCCGAAAAGAAGAAGAAGAAGCUAACGCCAUGGGAGGCGUACCUUAACAAAAAGAAGGAGAAGAAGAAAGAAAGGAAAAAGCAGAAAAACAAAACUGAGCACAAUGAUGAAGGCGAGGCUGAUGAUGACAUUCCUGAGGAUGUUGACAUGUCGGAUCCGUUCUUCAGCCAGGACUUUGGGCCAGAGUUUCCCUCUGGUGAGAAGGAUAGUCAACAGAAUGGCAAAACAGCCAAGAAAAAAAGAACCAAAACUAGUGGGCCAGAGACAGGGCAGGACAAGAAAAAUAAGGACGAGCUUGAGCUACUGCUCAUGGAGGAAGGUGAUGAUCGCCAACACUUCAGCCUGAAGAGCAUCAUGAACAAGGAAAAGCAGAGCAAGAAGAAGAAGCGUCGGGCGCGCGGGAAGACGGAUGAUGCUGAUGACAAAGACACGUUUAAGGUGGAUGUGGAGGACCCUCGCUUUGCAGCACUGUACAGCUCACAUCACUACGCGAUUGAUCCGUCCGACCAACAAUUCAAGAAAACCAGGGCAGUAGAAGCGAUUCUCCAAGAGAGACACCGACGUAGAGACCGUGGGCCAUCAACAGAAAAUCGAAAGCAGCCAAAAAAUGAUAAAGAAACGACUAGGAGAGCUGAUGUGAUGCCUCCCCAAGACCCGAGUUUGUCUCUUCUUGUCAAGUCGGUCAAGUUAAAAACGGAGGAGUUUCAGCAUCGAAAAAAGAAGAAAAUAUUAUGAUGAUGUUUGAUAUGUAGCUAGAAUAAGUUCAUAAAAAAACAAGAAACUAAAA